ACCCGAGCGCGCAUCUCAAAGGUGUCUCGGUUCGCAACGUCCGCGACACAUUGUACACCAAAAAGUUGCCUCGGCGUUUUUCUAUUGUUUUCUUAAUCACGGACUCUGGUGCAACUCGGGUUCUUUGUUCAAAUUUUUUUUUCCUCUUGGCGAGACGGAGGCAGCUUGUCUCCGCUCGAGGCUUUAAGUAAUAAUAAAAGAACGGGGCCUGCUCUGUUCAUUGACGUUGAAAGUGUGAGCAAUCGAGUGUUUCCGGAGACAGUGUGGUGCUUGCAAGCUGAUGGACUGAAGCUUUUCUGGGUCCGGAGUGACUGAAAUUAAAAUCGGCGGUACUUGCGUGUAUUUUUGUGAACAGCGAGAGGAGAUAACUUUUCGAAGCAAUUAAGGCUCGAGGGAUAUUGUUACUUAUCGGUUUAAUAUACGCGUUCGAUACAAGGAUAUUUAUCGCGUGGCUUUCAAGUGUCAUCAAUUUCGCUGAAGUAUCGGCGAGAAAUGACACAACACUAGGGAUUGCCAAGACAAUCGAGGGGCGCAGCAGAGAGAAUUUGAUUCCUAUCAGAUGUCGAGUCCACGAGGAGCGAUGGAGCAGUGCCUGGUCCUGGUGUGCCUGCUCCUGGCAACGGUGAGCGCGAGUCCACCCCAGUGCUGCCCACAAGGGCAAAGUUACGUCGACGACUCGAAAAACUGCACGGACGGGAGGGGCAUCCUACUGAACUGCGCCGGGGGCUUCUACAUGCACGGGCUCCAGCCUGAGGUCGGCGAGGAGCCGUACACCUUCACGCUCGACGCCAACAACGCCACGUGGGUCCAGUUCAACGGGUCCACGGGCUUCAAAAUCCCACCCGACGAGUACUGCCUGGCGUCGAGAACCACGGGCGGCCGGGAGGUGAUGCUGAUCUGCUUCGUCGAGGAAACAAAGGACCCGAGGAUUCUGAUUUUCGGGACGCUGAGCUUGGUGUCGAGCGUCUUCCUCGCCGUGACCCUCUUCGUGUACCUCGCGCUCCCGGAGCUCAGGGAGGUCCAGGACAGGGCGAUGACGUGUAUGACCGCCAGCUUCAUGGUUGCCUUCUUCUUCACCGGGAUCCAGCAGCUCAACGAGUCGACCCUCAAGGAGGAGUUCACCUGCGUCUUUGUCGCUUUCGUCAUGUACUACGCCUACAUGAGCGCCUUUUGCUGGCUGAACGUCAUUUCGCUCAACAUAUGGAGAUGUGUGUGGUAUCCCAGCUUGAGGGUAAAGACCGAGGUGUUGCUCGCGAUUUACUCCUUGGUCGGGUGGGGUCUGCCGCUCUGCUUCCUCGGUUUGUCCCUGUUUGGCCACAACGACAAGGAUCGUUACUUCAUCAAACCCGGCUUUGGCGAGAACAAUUGCUGGUUCAACAAUAAAACGUCAACGUGGACGUACUUCUACGGGCCGAUAAUGGUACUGCUCCUGAUGAACCUCCUAUACUUGGCACUGACUGCGUGUAAGCUUUGGCACGAGUACAGGGACUUGAGCAGCUGCAAGCUCAACGUCCUCAAAGCCAAGUGCAUCAUGUGCAUAAAGCUCGCCCUGAUCAUGGGAGUCACUUGGAUCUUUGAAAUCGUGUCCUUUGUCUUCGGGGACAUAAACCGUUACUACUGGAUUCUGCCGGACAUCGUGAACGUGCUGCAGGGCUUUCUGAUGUUCAUGGUCCUGGUCGUCUGUCGGAACCGAGUGAGGAAGCUGUUGGCGCAGCGAAGGCCCCUCGGCAUCCCCUUUCCCAAAUCUUGGGCAGCUUACGACGACACGGAAGACUGCGAGGCUGCGAACCCCGAGGAACUCCAGCUGUCCCAGUCGUCGUAGAUUUACAGCGGACUCUCUUUUUUUUUUUUUUUUUUUUUGUGUGAGCGCGCGCGCGCGCGUGUGUGUAUGUGAUUUAUACGAGAGAGACUCGGGUAAUCGGACCUUGUGCUCGCGGUGGUUCAGUGUUUUUUGACUGGAGAACCACGUACAUCGAGUGUAGGUUUUAUUUACAAGUGUUAGUUCUUAAGGGUAAGCCAUCACGUUAUGAUGAAGAAAUUCUUCAUCUCCAGAUUUUGCAUGAACACAUUUUUGUAAAUUCACGUGAUCGACGAAAAUAAACGAAAUAGAUUUCGAUUUGAAAAAUAUGGAACUCGGACGAACAUGCUUGCAGUCGUGGGUUAAAAUCAGACUAAUGAUGCACGUCUGACGCGCGUUGGGAAUAAAUCAAGGGCACUUGAUUACCAAAAAAAGCUGAUUUUUUUUUUUUUUUUUUUUUUUUUUUCACGGACGCGUGAAUGAUGAUUUGUCCAUUUGUGGGCCGAAAUCUCGCUGGAUCUUAAAAUACCAUCAACCUUCCUUCGGAGUUUAACCGAAGGCAAGGCUGAUUCGACGCGUGUGGCGCACUUGAGCCUCACCUAUAUUUAUACGAAAGCUCGUACAAGCGAAGAGUACAUAAUGCAAGGAUCGAACCGAUUUCUCGGCCGAUGUACGAAAAUACCUAUAUCGUAAUCUUAACAGACGUUGCAUAAGCGCUUCAUGCAACUGUACACACGAGUACAAGUGAUACGGGUGACAUUUAGCAUUUUUAUCAUUAUCACUUGGGCUCGGCGUGCACCUAUAUAUCUGUAUAUUUAAUAAAUUAAACAUUAAAAACAAGA